AUGACACGAGAUGAACUACAAAAGAAUCCACUGGCUGAGGUUAAGAUAAAAUUUCUUGACAAGAGAUCAAAGGAUGCGAGAACAUACAAUUUGCCACAGGUUUCAGAAGUAGCUGCGUUGAUUGUUGGUGAUAUCGAUACCAAUAUUGGAGAACGCGACAUUUUGGUGGAAACAAAGAGUGGUCUAUUGAAAAGAAUUAGUGAAUUAAAUCCAUCUUACUUGCCAAUGCAGUACCCUUUAUUGUUCCCUUAUGGAGAGGACAGUUACAGGGAUGACAUUCCCUUCUCAACAUUAAAAGGAAACACAGCUGGUGGACGUCAAAGGAUAAGCCCUAGAGAAUAUUUUUCAUACCGUAUACAGUCUUGA